UCCUCCCUGUUACAAAUCAAGAUGUGAUAGAGUUUAAGAAUAGGACCCUGAGAGCUUCAAACCAGAUUUCAGCGGAGGACCGUGCACAUUCAAAGAGAUGAACCUGGAUGAGGACAGCGGCCUGUCAGUCAGUUGCGGCAACGGCAAACUGAGGCAGUGGCUGAUCGACCAGAUCGACAGCAGGAGGUACCCCGGCCUGGUGUGGGAAAACGAUGAGAAGACCAUCUUUAGGAUUCCAUGGAAACAUGCGGGAAAGCAAGACUAUAACAGAGAGGAGGAUGCUGCGCUCUUCAAGGCAUGGGCAAUGUUCAAGGGAAAGUACAAGGAAGGUGUGGACAAGCCAGAUCCCCCCACAUGGAAAACCAGACUACGCUGUGCCCUUAAUAAAAGCAACGACUUUGACGAGUUGGUAGAAAGAAGCCAACUGGACAUAUCAGAGCCGUACAAAGUUUACCGAAUCAUUCCAGAAGGAGCCAAAAAAGCAUACAUAGGAAUGAAGAUGAACAGCGUGGAGGACGCAUCAUCACACGUAAAUCCUCUCGGCUAUAUUCCUCCAUAUACAUCACUGCACAGCCAGGGCUUUGUGGUUUCUCAGGAGAGAAGGGACUGGAGAGAUUACCACGUUCCGCCAGAACAACAGCCUCUUCCUAACACACAUCACCACGGGCCGCAUGCAGAGCUGCAGUAUGGUCAGUGCCACUACCCAUCACAGAUCGCCAGGGCUUGGCCUGGGUCGCACACAGAAAAUGGUUUUCAGCUCUCCUUCCACACCUACUUUUCAGAGUCUCAACCGUCCAUGUAUGCAAUGGAACACAACAAUGCCGUAACAGAUUUCAGCCUACACGUAGCCCUCUUCUACAGAGAAUCUUUGGUGAAGGAAGUCACCACCAGCAGCACAGAGGGUUGCCGGAUCACCUCCUCUUCCUCGUCCUCUCCGUCCUCCUCUUCCUCUUCCUCCCCAUGCACAGAGGACAAGUUUCACAGUGGGGCAGAAACAAUCCUUUUCCCGUUCCCGUACCCCGAGUCCCAGAGGCAGGGUGCCGAGAUGCUUCCUAACGUGCUGGAGAAGGGGGUCCUUCUGUGGAUGGCACCGGAUGGGCUGUACGCUAAGCGCCUGUGCCAGGGACGAGUGUACUGGGAGGGACCUCUGGCUCCAUAUGUGGAUAAACCCAACAAGCUGGAGAAGGAGCAGCCAUGCAAACUGUUCGACACCCAGCAGUUCCUCAUUGAACUUCAAGACUUUGCCCAUAAUGGUCGUCAUCUUCCGAGACAUCAAGUGGUGCUGUGUUUCGGAGAUGAGUAUCCCGACCCGCAGCGUCCGAGGAAGUUGAUCACAGCACAGGUGGAGCCAGUGUUUGCCAGGAAACUGGUGUACUAUUACCAGCAGAACAAUGGUCACUACCUGCGGGCUUAUGAUCACAUCCAGGAACAGAACGCCCCUCCAACAGCUGACUACCCCUCUCAGAGACCUCUACAGCAUAUUCAGGAGUGACAAUCAUCUCAAUACACAUGCAUACACACAGAAACGCGUAAAUGUGAAUGUACAGCUCUGACUUUUUAACCAUGCCUUGUGACUGAAGUCCUGUGUACUGUAAGUGGUAGAAACUGUCACGGUACUGAGGGGUAGAGAUGGGGAAGACCCUGUUUUCACUUGCACACCUAUGCGUCGUAGUCUUUGUGUCUGCGACUGUGGAGUUCAUUUUUUUUUCUUCUUUCUUUUUUCUCUACAAAUAUUAUUGUGACAGUACGAAGGAUGCGGUUUGAGGGUGAGGUGGGGGGGGGGGGCCUGAGGGGAGCGGAGGGCGACUGAGGCAGGAAGUACUAGCACAGGUGCACAGGAAGAAUGGCCCCUAAGACAAACACUGAUACGUCAAAGGGAUCAAGCAGUAUGAAUGAAUGCUUACUAUCCAUAGGUAACAGUUGACAGUCUUGCACUCAAACAGUGACACUGAACACAGUCACCAACGCUCCUCUUUGAGGCAGCUAACAAUAAUAGUAAUAAUAAUAACAUUAGCUUAGACAAUAUCAAUACCAUUAGUGGACAAUAUCGAUGCUUAUUUUUUCUAAAUUCUGGGUGUCAUUGCAAGACAGCAGCUACAACUAGCCGGUGUGAGAUAUUAUCACUGGUCUGGUGGUGUAGUAGAGGAAGCUGUUAUUACGAUUGGUUCCCUCUUGACUGCUACAUGCAUUACAGGAUGUACUUACACAAAAAAUCAGUUUCUGUUGAAUCUGAUCAGCUUCUAAAAUUAUCUCAUUCCUUCUAAUUAUGUCACUGAUUAAUCAAAAUCGGGAAAUAAUGUUUUUAGUUUUUUUUUUUUUUUUGGUUCCCCCUUGCUGUGUGUAAAGACUAAUAUUCCACAUGUAUUUGCCAGAGGUGUGGCCUAGAGUUACAUGACUUGGACUUGAAUCACAGGAUUUUCAUGACUUUAACUUAAACGCCAAUGAUUUGUGCCUUGAAAUUAACUUAUAGUGUCCAACAAGCCCAAAGGAAAUGUUAUUUAAAUGUUUUCCGAUGGUGUACGCAAUCAAAUUGCUACGGUUGUUGGUAAUCACAUACAGUGACAAAACAAAAUGUCAGACGGUCAUUGAUAAAUGGCUAGCGGUAACACUAUUGCUGCUCCUAAACAAAAAAACAACAACAUCACAGAUAGACAGGGUGAAAGUUGUGGAUCAUUGAGAGUCAAUAGAGACAUCACUUAUGUGAGUGAUAAACAUUGGUUUCAAAUAGCAAUUUACUGGACUAUAAGCAGGGAUUGGGGAAGUAUGCGGAUCCUUUACUUAGUGAGUGAAAGUACUCAUAGCCCACAGCAUGGGACUGUUAAAGCACAAGUUCUGUAAGUUCUGCAUUGGAAAUAUUAUUUGAAUAAAAGGAAAAGAAAUAACAUGGAAAAAAGUUCAAUAUUCCAAUUGGCCAGGCCAUUUUUAAUGUACGGAAACAUAGAAGACAUUCGUUUUAACUGGUUGAGGAGGAGUUAAUUUUGAACUAUUUCCAUUUUGUUACAGAGCGUUCAUUAAUUACUUAAUGUUCAUUAAUAUCUCCAUUAUCUGACUGAUUGUUUUGUAGAAAUUCAGAUAAUACUAUGUAUAUAAAGAAAUACAAUAAGGUUACUGAAAUGAUCUAAAGGAAACUCAUCAAAUCUUUGCAUUUUUAAAGCUGGAUCUAUGAUUUUUGUAUCAUCAUAGUGUGUUAUUUGUUAGGAUUCAUAGUUUAGGACUUCACACGGGCUUGAGUGGAAAGACUUGAGGACUUACUUGUUACUUGCUAACCAAUGACUCGGUCCCAUCUAUGCAAUUCACUGUACUAUACUGUAUACUGUAUUAUAUUUCUAAUCCGACAGUUUUGACAAGCUUGUGUACAUGCGUAUUUAAUUGUUAACAUUAGAAAUCAAACCUAUUUUUUUAAGUUAAGAAGUUUUCUAACAUUCCCCUUGUUCCUACAGAUGUAUACAAAAUGGCAAUGUACAGGUGUGACACUUGUUCCCAAACUAGUGCCUGGAACCUUUACAACUUUAAGGGGUCACCUGCUGAUUAUAGAUGACCUGAAUACAUGUUUUUCUUUUAGCUGCUGCAUGUAAUCAUAUUUAAUCGGGGGGACCGUUCUGUAAAAACUGUCCCCGUCUUUGGAAAUAUUGUAUUGCUUUAAGCAUUUACGUCUCUGCAAAGUUUCUCAGAGAAUCUGCAGUGAAGCCCAUUAACUUGUGGUUCAACGCCUGUGUCAGUGGUUUUGAUUAUGAGCCGUGACCUAUCUGGACUGAGGGAAGUUAACUGGAAAAACACACUCAUCCCGUAACUUGCAGGCAAACCGUACCUGUUCCUCUUGACCCGAAACUAGUGGCCUCACAAAUGGGAAGGAAAACUACCUUUGCGUUCUGCUUGCAGGUUGAGACAGGGAGGUGUUCACUGGUUCCCAUGGCUGACAUAUACUGGCACAGCAGAGGCAGGGUCAACCAAAAGCUAUACCGAGAGUCCCGCUCUGAAUCCGUUAAGACCCGUGUGCGCAUUAUAUGACGCACAAUGCCAAGAACGAUUACAGUGGAAUUGCUCGUACUGGUGAAGUCCUAAAGGUUGAUGCUGAAGUACGAGGGAUAAAGGUUUUGUUAUGUUUUUCAUCUGUGGUCCAGAGUUUCGAUCUCUGCGUUUACUUCCUUCACACUGAAACCACAUCACUUUCACAAUGGCUUCAAAUGUCUGACCAAAAUCACGGGCAGGAAUAUAUAUAUUUAUGUAUAUGAUUUCUUUAUGUGAACCAUAAAUCCCCUUUCCCCUCUCGGCUGAGUGAAAAUAACUUUCACAUUACUUCACAUUCACUCAGUAUCAGUCAUCUUAAUGUAUAACGUACUGUUGCGGUGUGUGUGUGUAGUAGAGGUGUGUGCCUGCGUGUAGGUGGGUAUGUGUGUGUCACACAGUUGCGGUAUUACUGUUAUCAGGAAUUGACAUUUAUGGACCCUGGAUAAAACAUGUGACUCCCCCACCUACAGCAUCAGUGACUCAAACGCAGACACACACUAUUUCACAUCACGGCUUACUGUUACAGUAAAACAGUCCUCACGAAAAUUUCUUGUAUAAAUGAUUAAAAGGGACGAGACAUUUCGAUUUGUCAGAGGUUCUUCUUGAUCUGCAAAACCGCCAAUCGGGCCGAUUUGUUUUGAAAUAAAAAGUCUCAUGUGCAACACG